CGUUUUUGGCCAACCGCCAAUAACCACCACAGAAGAAGAAGAAGAAGAAGAAGAAGAAGAAGUCCGCGUCGCAAGCUAUUACUGAAGAUUCUGAUUUCUGUUUUCAUAGAGGAUGGAGAACAGCAGGGAUGAAGGCAGAUCUUCUACAGUCAAUGACACUAAGGCCAAUAUAUAUCAAGGAGUUCAAUCAGCAGCAAGCCGGCACCCUUUUCUGUUGUUGACGUGUUUGGGGGUGUUUUGUGCCAUUCUGGUUGGAAAAAUCGUCCACAUGACUUUGAUGACGAACAAGCAGCAUGAAGAUAUCAACAACCUUUCAACUGAAAAAAGUCACCUGGUUCAGAAACAAAAGAUGAUAGAGAACCAGAUCAAGGAGCUGAUGCAAGAGAAAGACUUGAUGCAAAACAUAGCAGUUGACCAAGAAACUGAGGAUCUGAACCUAGACUUACAACAACUGAAUCUAGACAUAAUGGACGUAACCCAAGAGAGACAGAAGCUGAUUCAAGACAGAGAGGUGUUGAGACAAGAUGAAGAGGAGCUGAAACAAGACAGAGAAAAGCUUACUGAAGACAGAGAGACGCUAAGCCAAGACAGAGAAAAGGUUACUCAAGACAUGGAGGAGGUGAAGCGAGACAGAGAGGAGCUGGAACAAGCAAAGAAGGAACUGCAUCAAAGGAGAAUAGAGUAUGACAAAGACAAAGAGGAACUGAGAAAAGAGAGAGAGCAGGUGAUUCAGAAGACAGAGAAGCUGAACAAAGACAAAAAGGAGCUGGCCAAAGAGAAACAGAAAGUUAGUGAAGAAAAAGAGAAAGUGAAUGAGGAGAAAAAGGAGCUGAGCUCAGCUCAAGAGGAGCUGAAAAGUGACCAAGAGAAGCUGAGAGAAGAUCAAGAGAAGCUGGGAAAAUUACAAGAGGAUUUGGAAAAAGAAAAGGAUCUGAAACAUAGGACAAAGGAGCUCAAUGGAGAGAAAAAGCAGCUGAAUAAAGAAAAAGAAGAGUUGAACAAAGACGAAGAGGAGGUUCUAAAUGAAAAAGAACAACUGAGGAUAGUGACAAAGGAGCUGAGCAAAGAGACAGAGGAGCUGAGCAAAGAGACAGAGGAGCUGAGCAAAGAGACAGGGGAGCUGAGCAAAGAGACAGAAGAGGUGAGCAAAAAGACAGAAGAGGUGAGCAAAGCAAAAGAGGAAUUGAUCAAAGAGACAGAGAAGAUGAGGAUAAAGGAAGAGGAGCUGAGCAAAAAGACAGAGGAGCUGAGCAAAAAGGCAGAGGAGCUGAUUAAAGAGAGAGAGGAGCUGGGGAAAAGUCAAGAGAAGCUGAGCAAAGAGACAGAGGAGCUGGCCAAAGAGAAAGAAGAGCUCAACAAAGAAAAAGAGGAGCUGACCAAAGAGAACGAAGAGCUGGACGAAAAGAAAAUGGACAUGGCCACAGAGAAACAGGAGAUGAGCAACAAAAGAGAAGGGCUGAUCAAUAAUAGCGGGAAGCUGGUCAAAGAGAAAGAGGAGCUGGUCGAAAAGGAAAAGGAGCUGAAAAAUCUAAAAUGGGAGGCAGAGAAACGAUGCAUUGAGAGAGAUGUCCUAAACAAAACCUAUUAUUUCGUCUUGAGCCAUGAAAACUUUCCAGUUCAAGAAUACUGUCCUACACAUAUGAGACCAAAGUGUCGGGAUUGCAGGAGAAGCUGGGUUUCCUAUAACCGAAAGUGUUACUACUUUUAUGAUGCCGAUAAUAUUGGGAAGAACUGGUUCAAAGCUCGAGCGGACUGUCGAAACAAUGGCUCAGACUUCGUUGUGAUAAAUGAUAUGACGGAGCAGGAAUUUAUCAUGGCUCGACUCAAAUACUACAAACCUAAAGGAGGAUACUGGAUAGGGUUGUACUAUAUUCCACCCACAUGGAUAUGGAUGGAUGGAAGUCGGAUCAUUCCUGAGUACUUUGUGGAAGGCGGCAGGAAAUGGCAUCCCAUGAGUUCAGGAGCAGCGAUACAGUUGCCAUUGCACCCACUCACACAGUGCUGGAAAGGAUCAAACCUUUUGGAAAAACACAGAUACGUCUGUGAGCUUACAAGUGACCUUCUUCGUGACUAAUACCGUUCUCCAAAGGUUUCAAUGAGGAAUACUCAACUGUCUUUAAAAUCUCACAAAUAAAACCACAAUUUCAUCUGUUGGA